AUGGAAACAUUUGACAUUAUAACACUGAUAGGAGCUAUUCUGUCGACUGUCUGUUGCAUUGGAACAGUCACAACGUAUUCCAGUUUUGGGGAUUUGCGGAAUAUCUCCGGGUUAUGUCUUAUCAACGUUUCGCUGGCACUGUUAACUCUAGCUAUCAUUUUCACUGCCACCUAUUUUCUUGUGAUCAGUGGAACAUCAUGUGUUACCAUUGCAAUCCUCCAACAGAUUUGCUGGCUCGGCUCCUUCACUUGGAUGUCACUUCAGGCCGUCCACAUGGUCCGCACGUUUGUCCUCACCAAUUGGCAAAUGCCUUUGGGACAUCCGCAGAACCGGCAGCAAUGGAUCAAGAUCAGCAUGGCACACGCCCUCAUGGGCUGGGGCCUUCCAAUGAUCUAUUCAGUGGUUCUUUUGUAUUUUCAUUUAUGUCGCGAUUGCUUGCCGGGUGGAGUCGAGUUUCGGUUAGGAAAAGACUCGAAUUCUACCAUAAAAUACUGUUGGCCGGGAAGCACAUAUCUUGGAAACCACCUCACAAUCGAUCCGAUGCUCGUUCUUCUUGCUUUCAACAUUGUGGCCCUCCUCAUUGUCAUGAUAGCAAUUAUCAAAAAACGAAUGAUGACGAGAAAGGUAGCCGGACGGGAUCUUAAAAAAGAGAUUGCUGUAAAUCUUCUUAUCUUGGCUAAGCUUUCCAUCUCCCUAGGAGCCACACUAUUGCCUGUCCUGCUCCAUCGUUUCCUUCAUCACCUAGUCCUGAUGCAGAUCCAUGUUCUCCUCAAUUCGUGGCUCGGUGUAAUCAUUUUCAUGCUUUUCUCCACCUCGCAGAGGAUCCGUCGACUUUGGAAAGGAAGAUUCCGAUGUCUGUGCCUCACGAAAGCAGAUACCAGUGAUCUUUACAGACUCCGAGAAUCGUCUGGUAGCGGAAAAAAGGACAUGACUGCUUGA